AUGGACGAUGAUCUGUUCCAACUGAGACAGCUGCCUGUUGUCCGCUUCCGUCGCACAGGUGAGAGCACACGCUCCGAGGAUGAUGGCGAGAAUAGAGAACAGGUAGUCAAGAUUGCAGAGCAGACUGACCUGGAGUCUGUGGCACUUGCAGAUGGAGCUCCAGUUCCUCGGGAGUUUGCUAAUCCGACUGAUGACACGUUCAUGGUGGAAGAUGCCGUAGAGGCCAUAGGCUUUGGGACAUUCCAGUGGAAACUCUCCAUCCUCACUGGUCUGUCCUGGAUGGCCGAUGCUAUGGAGAUGAUGAUCCUCAGCAUCUUGGCCCCACAGCUCCACUGUGAGUGGAGACUCCCCAGCCUCGAGGUGGCCCUGCUAACAUCGGCAGUGUUUAUCGGGAUGAUGAUCAGCUCUUCUCUUUGGGGAAACAUAUCUGACAAAUACGGCAGAAAGACAGGUCUCAAGAUGAGUGUGCUGUGGACCAUGUUCUAUGGCCUGAUGAGUGCAUUUGCGCCUAUUUAUGGGUGGAUCCUGGUCCUCCGUGCGCUGGUGGGAUUUGGCAUCGGAGGAGCCCCACAGUCGGUGACGCUAUAUGCUGAAUUCCUGCCAAUGAAGUCUAGAGCCACAUGCAUCUUGCUGAUUGAGAUAUUUUGGGCACUGGGCACUGUGUUUGAGGUGCUCUUAGCAAUCCUGGUGAUGCCCACUCUGGGCUGGCGAUGGCUGCUUGGCCUUUCUACCAUUCCUCUCUUCAUCUUUGCCAUCCUAUGCUUUUGGCUACCAGAGAGCGCUCGAUACGACGUGCUGACGGGGAACCAGGAAAAAGCUCUGGCCACACUGAAGCGCAUUGCUACAGAGAACGGAGCACCAAUGCCACUGGGAAAACUUAUCACUGCCAGACAGGAGGAUCGCGGAAAGAUUCGAGACUUAUUUUCAUCACACUUUCGCUGGACCACAGUUCUGCUGUGGUUUAUUUGGUUUGCAAACGCCUUCUCUUACUACGGGCUGGUGCUGCUCACUACGGAGCUGUUCCAGGAGGGAGGUGCAUGUGGAGUGUCCAAAGGUAAUAAGAGGGAGCUGCGAUGCAGCUUGGAGUGUAAAUAUCUGAACUCUGAUGACUACAAAGACCUACUGUGGACCACCUUAUCUGAAUUUCCAGGACUGCUUGUGACACUGUGGGCUAUUGAUCGACUGGGAAGGAGGAAGACCAUGGCGUUGUGUUUCUUCAUCUUCUCUAUGUGCAUCAUUCCCCUCUACGGUUGUGUUGGGCGAGCAUCCAUGACAGUGUUGAUAUUCAUCGCCAGAGCUUUCAUCGCAGGGGGAUUUCAGGCUGCUUAUGUGUACACGCCAGAGGUGUACCCAACAGCGACCAGGGCUUUAGGUCUGGGAACAAGCAGUGGAAUGGCCAGAGUUGGAGCACUCAUUACACCUUUCGUUGCGCAGGUGAUGUUGGAGUCUUCCGUGUACCUGGCUCUCUCCGUCUACUGCUGCUGCUGCCUCCUAGCCGCCAUCGCCUCCUGCGCACUGCCAAUUGAGACAACAGGCCGAGGCCUGCAGGAGUCCAGCCACCGCGAAUGGGGCCAGGAGAUGGUUGGCCGGGCCCCCUCCCACGGCUCAGGCAGAAUCCCUCAGUCCAGCUCCGGCUCCCAGGGCUGA